AUGCAAAACUUGGAAUCCAACAAGGAAAAUACAAAUCCAGAUCACUUCCUCAACACUUCUGCAACAACCACUACAAACACUCUUUACCCAGCUAACUCUACAAAUGAACCCAACCAAUUAGAUGACAGUGAUGAAUUGAAUACUGAAAACCCAGAUUCAACAACAUCAACUACAGGCGCUACUCGACCGAAAUUUUCCUUUGCUUCAGACUACACACCCACCCAACACUUUUCCGGUCUAUCGGCAUCCUACAACUACACCUCAAAUCUACCAAUAUCGGUGCCUUCAUUUGCCGUACUUAAUAACGAUUACGCUACAUCUUCGUCGUUCUCUCAUAAACCCAACGCCAUAGUGCACCCCAUAAGACGUUCGGAGCAGGCGGCAUUGCCGAAAACUUACAAUGGCCUUGAGCAAGAACUUAUGGUUACUGGCUAUAAUCCAUCAUUGUCGGUAACAUAUCCUCAAUUGGGUGCCUCGAAUGCGCGCCACUUUGCCGAGGAACUUAAUCGCAAAUUAAGUCAUCUGAGUUCUAGCCAAGGAAGUCGUGAUUUCAAAAACUCUUCACAACAUGGUAGCAACCAAGAGACAUUCAACCAACGACCACUUUUCAUUACCACUGUACCCAGAGGCAUAUUCUUGCCACCGCCAAAAGAUAUUGUACUUCUUUCGCCAACACGUAAGCGGCAAUUGUAUGCAUAUGCCUCACAUCCUGUUGUUUACAAUACAACAACGUCGUCGACGUUGCCGACGUCUUACUACAACAACACGCACAAUGGUCAUAAAAUAAAAGGUAACAGCGAACAAAACUACAGCAAUAGAAACACUUUAACAAUGGCCAAGGACAAAUAUCGUAACAACAACAACAUCAGUUACAAUAAUAAUAAUAAUAGUGGUGGUGGUGGUGGCGGCAUCGUUGGCACUAACGUUGCAAAUGAUGGAGGGGCCACAGCAAAAACAUCUUUACCCUUAAAUGGUGUUAGGGGGUCAUAUGCCUCCUCCAUACCUGUACCGGGCGGUGUGCAUAUAAGCAAACAGCAAUUUCAUCAACAACUUAAACAAAAUCGCUCAAAAAGAGAAACUCCACCUCCCGAACCCUAUAAAAAUGUUAUGCAUGAGAGGCGAAUUGUAAGAGGCAGUAAUUUUGUCGGAAAUCAAUUGUUGGGAGAUUAUGAUCCCUUUGAUAAGGCAGCCGAAUAUCGUAGGCGACAAGUUUUACGCAAAAAGAAUGUCACACACAGGAACCAGCGCAAUGUUUUGGGCACGCCACCUCCGGUAGAGGGACGGCGACAUGAAGACGUGCAAACCGAUAAAUAUUUGGAAGAGUUGGUAGCAAGACCUCCAGAAACUUCCACAGAAACACAAACUGAUCUAUUUUUAGAGAAACCACCAACACCUCCUUAUAUACCAGCCAAAAUAGGCGUGGAUGUAGCCACAGAAAUUGCUGACGGCGAACUUUUCCAAUUCGAUGCCGAGGCCCAGCCAAUUAUUGAUGUUAUGGUUGAUAGUAUUAUGGAAUUAAGCAUUUUGGAGGUGGCUCAUGAACAAGAAAUUUCCGGCAUACGCCAAAAACAACAGCAACUUUUGGCUGAACGUGAAACAGAAUUGGCUGAACUACGACGUCUGGAAGAGGAAGAGUUGCGAUUGCAAGCCGAAAAGCAGAGACGUUUGCGUCAAGAUAACAUUGCCAAAUCCUUGGACGAUGAAAUGCAGCGUGGAGUUACAGCCGCCAAAUUACUGCAAGGCCAUAUUGCCAGCAUUUUGCCCGAAGUCUUGGAUAGUCUGGAACCGGCUACAGAUGCCGCCAAAAAAGAACAACUAAUGAAGACCAUUUGCCCUUGGCUGUCUGCCGAAGUGGCCGAAGAAGUGGGUCAAAUAGUUGAUUCCCGGGAAAUACUUACGGUCAUCAUACAAGAGAUCAUUAAGCAACGUGCCGAAACCUAUGCUGGUUACAAAGAAGACACACCACCCCCCACAUUACAGCUCUUAGACGAAGAAGAACAUAACGCUGAGGAAUUGUGUGAAACGGAAGCAGAGCCACACCAGCCACGUUGUCCACCAGAUGUAUCAUAGAACAAAAACUAAACGAAAUAUCUAAAUUAUUACCUUUUUUAUUUUAUUUCGCUAAUUAAAACUGGCUUCAUUUAACAACUAUUGAUUAAUGUUACUAAGUUUUAAUUUCCUCUAAAAAUUUUGGAUAUACAUAUGUAACUAAAAUCAUUAUCAUUUCUAAGAAAAGCACACAUGAAGGUUACUUUUCUCAAUAAAAUCAAAAAUUAAAUCAAAAUUGUUAGUACUUUUAAACAAAAACAAACAAAACAAAACAUAUGUAUCUUUGUCUUUAAUGAUUAUUGAAAACUUAAACAAAAACCUUUUACAAAUUAAACACACUGCAACUGUAAUUGUAGCUUGAGGUUUGAUUUUUAAGAAGUUUAUCCAUUUAGGAUUUAUAAUAUUUUUGUUAAAGUAAUAAAUGUAUAUAAAAUUUAACACAAACAAA